AUGACGACGGAAACACACGAUUUCUCGGCGUUUCCGUACGAGCCUUACUCGAUUCAAACCGAUUUCAUGAAUGCGCUCUAUCAGUUUCUCGAAAAGGGAGGCGUUUCCAUGCUCGAAAGCCCCACCGGGACUGGAAAAUCUCUAAGCAUUAUCUGCAGUGCUCUACAGUGGCUCAUUGACCGAAAGGAGAAAGCAAAAUCAGGAUUGGCGGAAUCCCACACGGUUGAUGGUGACGACGAGCCCGAUUGGAUGAGAGAUUUUACUGUCACUGAAAACGAGAAGACCAUCAAAUCCCCAUUUCGGCUCAGGAAACAUGCUAAGCAAAGAGUUUUCUCUAUUCCCAUGGAAGGACGUUCUGAUGCAAGAAAGGAAGGUGAGGAUUCUGUAGGGAAACAUGUGGCUGAGUUAAACAACGAUCAAGAGUUUUUGUUGGAAGAUUACGAAAGCGAUGAGGAUUCAUCUCCCAAGUCUAAAAGAAAACCCGCUCGAGGUUUUGACAGUUCAUCAGAGGAUGAGGAAGAUGACAAGGAAUGCUCCGAUGACGAACAAGGACUCAAGGUCUUCUUUUGCAGCCGAACACAUUCACAGCUUUCACAAUUUGUCAAGGAGCUGAGGAAAACCGCAUUUGCCCAAAAUAUCAAAGUUGUCUGUCUUGGCUCGCGAAAGAACUUGUGUAUAAAUGAAGAUAUUCUUAAGCUUGGGAAUGUGGCUCGAAUCAACGAGAGGUGCUUGGAGUUGCAAAAGAAGAAGAAUUCACAAGUCUCUAAAAGGAAGAAUUUAGGUACAAGUGCAAGGAUAGGACGAACCAAAGCUUCUUGCAAAUGCCCAAUGCUUAGAAAACAUAAACUACAGAGAGAUUUCAAGGCUGAGAUUUUUCAACAAGAAGCCAUGGACAUUGAGGAUCUUGUUCAGCUUGGGCGAGAAAUGGGAACUUGUCCAUACUACGGUUCUAGAAGAAUGGCCCCGGCAGCUGAUCUUGUUAUCCUUCCAUAUCAGUCUCUUCUUUCAAAGUCCUCACGAGAAUCUCUCGGCCUAAACUUGAAAAACAAUGUUGUCAUCAUAGACGAGGCUCACAAUUUGGCUGACACUCUUCUCAGUAUGAACGAUGCAAAGAUAACUGUGGCACAGUUGGAGGAUGUACAUUGCAGCAUAGAGAAUUAUCUUGGAAGAUUUCAGAAUCUCUUGGGAGCUGGAAACCGUAGAUAUAUCCAAACGCUGUUGCUUCUCACCCGAGCUCUCCUAAAACCUCUUGCCAGUGACGGGAAUCUUAACAGCAGAAAUGAUGGGCUUGAUACAGGAAAUCCCUCUAAAAGCAAGCCUUAUGGUGGUUGUUCGAUGGCAAUAAAUGACUUUUUAUUUUCUCUGAAUAUAGACAACAUUAAUUUGUUCAAGUUACUCGCUUAUAUAAAGGAAAGCAAUAUCAUUCAUAAGGUCAGUGGAUAUGGAGAGGGAGUUGCUAUGUUGCAGAAAGAUCCAGUGGCUCAUGAGGAAAUGAGCAAGUUAACAAGUUUUAGAGCUUUUUCUGAUAUGUUGGUGGCGCUCACUAAUAACAAUGGUGAUGGGCGGAUAAUAAUCUCAAGGACGAGUUCCCCUACCUCUGACCAACAAGGAGGGUACAUUAAAUAUGUCAUGCUCACGGGAGCGAAGUUAUUUUCGGAGGUUGUGGAUGAAGCUCAUGCUGUCAUAUUGGCCGGUGGGACUCUUCAACCUAUUGAAGAGACGAGGGAACGACUCUUUCCAUGGCUACCAUCAAAUCAGCUGCAAUUCUUCUCAUGUAGUCACAUUGUUCCCCCUGAGAGCAUAAUGCCAAUUGCAGUUUCACAUGGUCCGUCUGGACAGUCUUUUGACUUUAUCCACGGUUCAAGAAGCUCAACAGGAAUGAUACAGGAGUUAGGACUCUUAAUAAGUAACCUGGUGGCAGUGGUUCCUGAAGGAGUUAUCGUCUUCUUCUCUUCCUUUGAGUAUGAAACUCAGGUGCACACAGCGUGGAGUAAAUCAGGGAUACUCGGAAGAAUAAUGAAGAAGAAGCGUGUGUUUAGAGAACCCAGAAGAAACACUGAAGUAGAAGCUGUUCUCAGAGAUUACAAGGAAGCAAUAGAAAGCGAAAGAGGGGCAAUAAUGCUAGCUGUGGUUGGUGGGAAGGUGUCAGAAGGAAUCAACUUCAGCGAUAGCAUGUGUCGGUGUGUUGUGAUGGUUGGCCUACCGUAUCCCAACCCGUCUGACAUUGAGUUGUUAGAGAGAAUAAAGCAUAUAGAAGGUCUGGGAGAUUCAGAUUCCGCAAAACCUUCUCUGACUUUGGUUGACGAUUCUUACUACAGUGGAGACGUUAAAGCAGGGUUUGGCGUAUUAAAUGGCUGCAAACGGAGAGGGAAAGAAUACUACGAAAAUCUUUGUAUGAAAGCAGUAAACCAAUCAGUCGGUAGGGCGAUCAGGCACGCAAAAGACUACGCAGCCAUUUUACUGGUAGAUGCUCGAUAUUCCGGUGAUCCAUCCAAAAGAACAUCUCAUCCAUCCAACAAGCUCCCAAAGUGGAUCAAAGAUCAUCUUAUUUAUUCCACCAAAGGCUACGGAGACGUUCACAGACUGUUGCACCAAUUCUUUAAACGUAAAAAUGUUGAAAAUUCAUCCGAAACCAUUUAG